UUUUAAAUGAGAAUUUAUAUUUAUCUUUAAAAUUUAAAAUUUAAAGUUACAAUACAAUGUUUUAGUUAAAGUUUCCAAAACAUACGUUCUAUCCUUUCAACGAACUCAUUCCCUCCUUACAAAUGUUAGGAGAAACAUAUUUACUUUUCCAUUAAGAAGAAGAAGAGGAAGAACCCUUCCUGAAAAAGAAAAAAAAAAGAACUGUUGAAGAAAUGGCCAGGCUCGCCCGGUGUCCUCCUUUCGACUUCUCGGCAAAAUAUUACCAUGGUGGCGGAAGCGAAUGCGAGAGGCAGAAAAACUUCUUCGACGAUUCGACGAGGCUUGAUCAAAGUGUUGGCUACGCCGUUAUUCUCGGUUUUGGUGCUUUCUUUGCCGUCUUCACAUCUUUUCUGGUUUGGUUAGAAAAACGAUAUGUUGGCGCUCGACACACCUCUGAAUGGUUCAAUACAGCCGGAAGAAACGUCAAGACAGGACUUAUUGCAAGCGUUAUCGUAUCACAGUGGACAUGGGCUGCGACGAUACUGCAAAGUUCAAACGUAGCAUGGAAGUAUGGUGUUAGUGGACCGUUCUGGUACGCUAGUGGAGCCUCCAUACAGGUACUCUUGUUCGGUGUGAUGGCGAUUGAGAUAAAAAGAAAAGCUCCUAAUGCUCACACGGUCUGCGAAAUCGUGAAGGCUCGUUGGGGAACCGCAACACAUAUAGUGUUCUUGGUAUUUUGUCUGACGACAAACGUGGUAGUGACGGCAAUGCUUUUGCUCGGUGGGUCGGCCGUGGUCAAUGCCCUCACUGGAGUAAAUAUAUACGCCGCAAGCUUCCUCAUUCCUGUAGGCGUCGUUGUCUAUACUUUGGCAGGAGGACUUAAAGCUACUUUCCUCGCAAGCUAUGUUCAUUCUGUCAUAGUUCACGUGGUUUUAGUCAUCUUUGUAUAUCUGGUCUACACUUUGAGUAGUGAGCUUGGGAGUCCAUCUGUGGUCUAUGACCGGUUAAUAGAUAUGGCCGCUAAGUCAAGGACAUGCGCGGAGCCACACUCACACAUCGGCCAAUCUUGCGGUCCUGUCGACGGAAACUACAGAGGCUCUUAUGUCACCAUGUUGAGCUCUGGUGGUGCUGUCUUCGGUCUGAUCAACAUUGUCGGAAACUUCGGCACUGUCUUCGUAGACAAUGGUUAUUGGGUGAGUGCAAUAGCUGCUAGACCUUCAGCAACUCACAAGGGGUAUUUGCUUGGUGGACUCGUGUGGUUCGCUGUGCCAUUCUCUUUAGCAACCUCGUUAGGCCUCGGCGCACUUGCCCUCGACUUGCCUAUAACCAAAGAUGAGGCUGAUCGAGGUCUAGUACCGCCUGCUACUGCCAUUGCUCUCAUGGGUAAAACAGGAUCCAUGCUUCUUCUCACUAUGCUUUUCAUGGCCGUAACAUCUGCUGGUUCUUCUGAGCUAAUCGCGGUCUCAUCCCUUUUCACUUACGACAUCUACCGAACAUACAUAAACCCUAAAGCAACCGGUAAACAGAUAUUGAGAGUCUCAAGAUCCGGGGUUCUCGGAUUCGGGUGUCUUAUGGGGAUCCUUGCAGUGAUCUUGAACAAAGUUGGGGUUUCACUCGCAUGGAUGUAUCUCGCAAUGGGAGUUCUCAUCGGCUCUGCCGUUAUUCCCAUCGCGUUCAUGCUUUUGUGGAGAAAAGCUAAUGCAAUUGGUGCGAUUCUUGGGUCGAUCUCUGGCUGUGUUCUUGGGAUCGUUACUUGGUUAUCAACCGCAAAGAUACAAUACGGACGCGUUGAUCUUGAUACCACAGGGAGAAAUGCUCCGAUGUUAGCUGGCAACCUCGUUGCGAUUCUAACAGGAGGAUUGAUCCAUGCGGUGUGCAGUCUAGUCCAGCCACAGAAUUAUGAUUGGUCGACGACAAGAGAGAUCAAAUUGGUGGAAGAUGGGGCUUCAGGGGACGUAAAUGAUGUUCCUUUGGAGGAGCUAAGAGAAGAGAAGCUGAAAAGAGCCAAAGCUUGGAUUGUUAGAUGGGGUCUUGUCUUCACUCUCGUCAUUGUUGUCAUCUGGCCAGUUCUCUCCCUCCCAGCCCGUGUAUUUAGCAGAGGAUAUUUCUGGUUCUGGGCAAUUGUGGCUAUAGCUUGGGGAACAAUAGGAUCAAUUGUGAUAGUUGGUUUGCCUUUGAUCGAAAGCUGGGGAACGAUCAAGAGCGUUUGUAUGGGACUGUUCACUAACGAUAGGUUAAUGGACAAGCUUGAUGACUUGAACCAUAGGUUACGAGCUUUAACCAUGGCUGUACCGGAAGCUGAGAGGAUUUAUUUGCUCGAACUCGAGAAGACAAAGAAAACCGAUGAAGAAAGAUCAAUAUGAGUAAAAGAAAUUGCGAUUUUUUUCCUUCUUCUUUCGUUUAGAUGCUUUUGCUUGCUCAUGUUUCUUGUUUGUGUGAAAUCAUAUCUGAACUAAUUCCUAUUGUAUAUUGAUCAAUGAUCAUCUCUGACAAGUGUAGGCACAUUAAAUCAAUCUAUUUUUCUACAUCUAAAAUUGAUUUUGAUAACA